AUGUCUCCUUCAGGUAGACCGUGGCCCCUGAGCCUCAUGUUUCUUUUGGGGAUGGGGAUGGCAUCAGAGAGGAUCAACUGCCCAAGCAGGUGUAGCUGUCAGUACCUGGAAGUGAACUGCACAGGGCAGCAGUUGCAGGAGUUCCCUGCAGCCAUCCCGCUGGACACCAGGCAGCUGAUUCUGGCGGCAAACAACGUCUCAUACCUGCCAGCAGUGGAAUUGAGCUUCUUGGCUGACUUGGUCUAUCUGGACUGCAGGAAGAACCUCUUGGGGGAUGACCUUGAUUUCACUUUCAUUGGUGUGGCUAAGCUUGUCUAUCUGGACCUCAGCUUCAACAACGUCACACAGGUCACCUUCAGCACCUUCUCACACCUCCUCAGCCUGGUGGUGCUGAAGAUGUCAGACAAUCCCAAACUUGUGACCAUAGAGAAGGAUGCUUUCGCCAACAACACCUGGCUGAGGCACCUGGAUGUGAGCCGGACGGGCUUAACGUUCCUGGACACCAGCACUGUCCGGGACCUGCCCAACCUGAGGUUUCUGGGGCUCAGUGACAACCUGUGGCACUGCAACUGUUCCUUUUUGGACUUCAUCACCUGGAUGACAGAGAGCAACGUUCAUUUUCCAGAUGCUGACAACAUCACCUGCUACACCCCAGAAGGCCUACAUGCCCUGAAAAUGCCUGCAGUGGAGGCACAGCUCCACUUCAACUGCCUGACCCAGCUGUACAAGCGAGACUACAUCUUUCUGUGUCUCAUUGGCUUCUGCAUAUUCUUUGCCGGCACUGUGGCAGCCUGGCUGGCUGGCGUCUGUGCUGUCAUCUACAAAGUCCACACUUCAAAGGGAGAGGAGGGCAGGGGAGAGGCGGAGGAAGACACAGUCACUUAG